CACCAUUUCGUGGAGGUCGCGUGCGGCGUGCGCUUAGGUGGUGACGAGGUGCAGCUAUAGGCGAGGCGAGCCCAGCCCGAGUCGCUUGUGCCGAACAAGCAGCAUUCUCGAACAUUCGACGCAGCACAUCGGAACAUUCAUGAUGGUCAGGUUCACUCGUGACUCUUGACCCACCCUCGCGUCUCGAAGGCACUCAGACUCUCUGUCGCGCCUUGACGUGGUUCGUCACGCCUGAUUGGCGUGUGUGAUUACCACUUCGCUCGUAUCAGUGGAUACGAGAAACACUGAAGAGUGCAAGAGGCUCCAGGAAUGCGCUUUGACGGACACAAAGGGGCUGUGAGGAGUGGCAAGGUCCAAAGAGAACGGAGAAGUUUUGGAAAGAGAUCAUCUCGAUCACCCUUGGCUCAAGCUUGCGACCAUCAUGCAUCGCAUUGCUUUGGAGCGCUUUCAGGCUGCUCUUGCCAGCAGGGGACGGAUCUCUUGGCAAAGCGGCGUCGUUCAUUUGCCCGAGGGACAGCACCUAACCGGCUCAAUACCGAGCGGCGCUCGCGGCUCCACGAGACCGCUUGCCUUACGGACCCGAGGUUUCAAGACCUCAGGAAUUGGCAAUGUCAAAUACAGGCGGUUUGGACAAGCAAGUGGAGAUGAGCCACGAAGGAUACAGCAGCACAGAGCGGGGUCAUCAAGGGAGCCCAUCCUCGAGCUUGCACGUCGCCUCGGUGGUGGACAAAAUCAAGGUGGCUCAUCCUCAAACAAUUGGAAAGACAAUUCUUCAAACAGGCUCGCGGUGGUCAUUCUCCUCGUCUUCUUUGGCGGCGGCUUUACCUACUACGUCUUUCACUUGGAGGCCGUGCCGGGAAUGAAUCGAACUCGAUUCAUGGAUGUCACACCGGCACAAGAAGAGUCCCUAGCCAUGGCGACGUACAAAGCGUUCAUGGCACAGAACGGAGCUGCAAUACUUCCCGCUCACCAUCCCGAAACGAGGAGAGUGCAGCGCGUAGCGUCGAGGUUGGUGCAGGCAAUCUCGGACGUCUCGCCAAGUUCGGAUAAUACGCUGCAAAAGUCGCACACGCAAUGGGUCAUCCAUGUCCUCGCUGAUCAGAAGCUCAACGCCUUUGUGUUGCCUGGAGGCAAGAUCUUCAUCUAUGGAGGCAUGCUUCGAUUGUGCCAGACUGACGAUGCAUUGGCGACGGUUCUGAGUCACGAAAUAGCGCAUCAGAUUCUGCGACAUCACGCAGAAGGACAGAGCGGCACGAAGGUGCUCUACUUCUUGGCGCAAGGUUUGGAAGCUCUGUUCGGCUUCGGUUUUGGCCUGUCUAUCCUCUUGACAAAGCUACUGUACCAGUUGCCCAACAGCCGCACGCAGGAGACUGAGGCUGAUCGACUCGGUCUGCGACUCAUGACUGCAGCUUGCUACGAUCCUCGACAAGCGCCAAAGUUCUGGGAACGCUUUGCGCAGGUUGAGCAAAGGCAAUCUGGUGAAGCAAAGGGGCAACAGGAGUCAUCCGGCCUGUUCAAAGCCGCAGAGAGCAUCCUCAGCACGCAUCCGCUCUCUGAGAAGCGUAUGCAAGCCCUGCACAGCUGGUUGAACGAAGCCAUGUCUUACAGAGCGGAGAGAUGUGGUGCAUUGCCAGAGCAAGCGUCUGACUUUGCUCAAAUAGCAUGGUCACCCAGCUUCCGGCCAUUUGUGGCUCGAUGAAGCGCCCGCGCACAGCGUACUGCCCGCACUGCAUACUUCUGUCAAAGUGGUCAACACGCUGUGACGCCAAGCUUCUUGUUGAACCCCUCCAGAACAUUGUACAAGCAUGAAGGAUUGCAUCGAGGGACAAAGACGUGCAAGGAAAGAUGAAACGGAGGCGCGAAGGGCACCAAAAAGGCAGGGUGAUUCGGGGCAAGAGCUGAUCGGCCUAGAAUCGAAUAGAAUAUGUGCCCUGCGCUUUUGUAAGAUAGCGAACCCAUUUGACACUUUGAUAGUUGCCCUUCUCAAACACCUUGAGGAACCUGACCAGCAGUCCAGACGCGGUGA